UUAAUUAAAAUUAAAUUUUUUAGUCAACUCAACGAAAUGGAUACAAAAUUAGUCAUCCAUAUUAACCAUAAAACUUCGUUUGGCACAACAGAAACAUUGGGUGAAUAUAUUUUUCAAUUAGAAAGGAUGCCUAGAGUUCAACCUUUAGCUUGGUUUAAAUUAUCAAAAGCAGGAAGUGCUCUUAAUCCUCAUACCUCAGCUUCUAAUAAGAACAGAGGGCAAAUUCAAUUGGGCUUUCAGUUUUUUAAUUCACUCGGCAAUCGCGGGGCUACAUCUGUCUCUAAUAUGUCUUUAAAUAAAAUUGAUAAAGAAGGGAAAUUAUAUUGCCUUCGUCGAAAAAUGCAACAAAUUGGUAGGAAAGCAACGGGUAUGGAUGAUACAAUAUCAAAUCAAGGAGAUGAUUCUCAAUCUUUUGCUUCUGUUUCAAUUAAUAACCAUCUUGGUAAUCAUUAUGGGGCAGAUGAUCAUCGUCGUUCUUCUCUUUUGUCUACAAAUUCUGCCGCUCAUUUGGCUCUUUCUUCACCAUCUCCUAAUCCCUCAACACAAUUAUUGCCUGAUGAUUUAACUUCUGGAAUUGGAAGGCAAUUGGCCGAUGAUGCAAUUUCUACACAAUCAACAACUUUUGGUGUUGGAGUGACACCUCGCCAUCCCUUUACCAAUCAAAAUGCGAAUUCUUUAUCUGUACAAAAUAUUCAAAUUAAUGGCUCAAACCGUAAUAUUGGAGCUAAAGACCAAAGAAAUGUUUAUGCCAAUACAUCAAGUGAAUUACCUUCUUUUGAAAAACAACAUCUUCAUCCUAAUGCUUCUUCUCAAAGUUUUGAUUUUGAACAAAGCUCUAUAGAUGGAAAUCGUUCAAGUAUCUCUGGUGGUUCGGCUUUUGGUGGAAUUAUUGUUACUCCAACUUUGAUUAGAGAGGAGACUCUUUUAAAUGAUGAGCAACCACAAGUAUCUUCUAACAAAUUGCGUGUAAAAAUGCGUCAAAAAGCGGAACAAUUACUUCAAUUGCGUGGAUUAACUGGAGGCAACAGUUCCUCAAAAAAACAAAAUUUAACAAGACAAGAAUUAUCGGAAUUUCCUGAUUUUGCUGACAAACUAAAUCGCCGCGAUUCCCUUGGCUCUUCUUCUGGAUUUGUUUCUCUUGGCUCUGGACAGUUGGGUGCUUUGAAUGAACAUACUUCGCCUGAUUAUUUACUUAAUGUGAUAAAACAUUUGAGAAAUGAGUUGAUGAAGAAAGAAGAAAGAAUUCGAAGUUUGGAGGAAUACACAGAUAAAUUGGUUGCAAAGGUGAUGGUAACAAACCCAGAAUUACUUGCCGCCCCUAUUAAUACUUCAACAACAAAAAUUAUAUCAAAAAAGAAAAGGCUUUAA